AUGGGAUGCUGCCAAAGCCGAGAAAAUGAAGAUGACUCAAAGAGACCUAUCUUACUAAAAGAAUCAGAUAUUAUAGAUCAAUUCCAUGCCCUAAAAGAACGACGAAAUAGUGAAGGCUCAACCAUGUCUGAAGCUAUGCAUAGCGGUGCUGAAUUCCUCCAUACGCCUAUUCCUGAACAUCUAUCAUUAGAUAACACCACUAUAAAAACAGAAGAAAAAGAGAGUCAAUGCACUUAUCCAUUAAUUUCUCCUAGACUUUACAAGCCAAAGCUUGGACAUCGACAUAAAGCGCCAGCCACCCCAAGUUCAACAGAAGGCAGUGAACAAUACAAUUUAAAUGAAAUUUUAAGCCUUGAUGAGUCAAUUAUGACUAUUUUAGAAAAAGAAUCAACCUAUUCUCUUGACAAUUCUGCAAUAACACCUAGAGGAUUUUUAGAACUGUUCGAAAAUUAUGACGAGUCUCAGGACAUACAAAGAUCUGACCGAUAUUUACAGAUUUACGAUCUUUUGCCUGAUUUAUUAGAUGCAAAAUUAUGGACCGUCAUAAAAAAAUCAAAUACAACUACUGCUUAUAAAAGAUUUUUUAACAAAUUUAACAAAGAUAUUGUGGCGACCCGUAUUGAUAUUUCUAUAUCUACAAAUUUGCCAGUAGAGUCAAUUUUAUCGAUAUUUUACGAUCCUGAGAAAAGAUGCAAAUGGGAAAUUAAUUUAAAAGAAUCGGAAUUAUUGUCUGGGUAUUUGUAUGGAAAUUGUAUUGUUUCAAGCACAAGAAUGCAGAAAAAAGAAAAAAGAAAAUUCUUGGAAAUUUGGGAUACAAAAGUUGAUGAUGAUAAAAUUUUGACUAUAAUUUGUCCAAAAGGGGAUGAGAAAAGAGAUGAAAAAUGUGGAGAAAUGCUGUUUAGUGUGAUACAAAUAGAAAAUAAAAAUGAUAGACUGUAUGUGACUGUUAUUCAGCAGAUUGAUUUUAAGAGCUCAAUGAAAUAAAUAAAAUAUGGCGUCUUCGUCUGGGCAUGGCCUCCCGGCCAUGCAUACUCGACUUAUAUUUUAUUUAUAUCCGGUAAGGUUUUACUACUUCAGAAAUGGGCAGCAAUGCUAGGUAAGCAAUUCUGGUUGUGUUCAGAGCCUAGCCCAAGUCUAAAUUCAGAGGUGGUUUUUUCCUCGUGGGGAAGAUGAGCACGGAAGUUGGAAAGGGGAAGCCCAGCAGAGUCCUCUGGACCAAUCGGGCAACUCCCUAGCGUGAAACUGGGCAUUACGUCCCAGGCUUUCGAGUUCUACCUUCUACCGACAGUCGACCAGAAAAUCCAUUUUUUUUAUGGAUUUUCGGAAAGGCAACCCACGUAUGUGCGAAUCCCUCGUUUGAGGCAAUGAGGAGGGUGUCCGCCGAGGCCUCAUCAUAGGCGAUGAGCGUGUAGGGGUGCAAAUCCCCGGCCCUGCAAGUGCGAACGGCUAAUCUUAAUCUUAAUCUUAAGAGCUCAAUGAAAAUGGUUUCGAAUGCGAUUGCAGUUGAAGAUACAGAAAAAUCUUUAAAGAAACUAAAAGAAGCUGUUUCAUCAGUGAAAUCUUUCAUUUAA